AUGGUUAAGCGUAACAUUCUUUUGAUGGUCGCCGACGACCUCGGCAAGCAACUGGGCUGUUACGGCAACACGAGUAUCCAAACACCGCAUCUCGACAAACUCGCUGCUGAGGGUACCCGAUUCGACCAGGCAUUUACGAGUACAGCCUCCUGCAGUGCUAGUCGAUCGGUGAUCUAUACAGGACUGCAUACUCACCAGAACGGGCAAUAUGGGCUCCACAACGGGCGUCAUCAUUUCACAACCUAUGACCACGUUGAAACUGCCCCUGCACUGUUCUCGAAGCAUGGUUAUACUACCGGCUUAAUUGGCAAGGUCCAUGUUGGGCCUUCGUCUGUCUAUCCCUGGGACGCGUGUGCGGAAAGUGACAGUCGUGACGUAGCAUCUGUCGCUGACCAGGCUGCGGCAUUCUUCCAAAGCUCAAAGUCGAAGGAGCAGCCGUUUUUCUUAACAAUCGGCUUUAUCGACCCACAUCGCGAUGUAACUCGAUCUGGAUUUGGGAACGAUGAGAAGUAUGACUCCCGUGUGAAGACUAUCGAUUAUUCUCCGGAGGACGUUGUGGUUCCACCUUUCGUUAAUGAUCUACCCAAGGUCCGCUAUGAGUUUGCAGAAUAUUACAAGUCUAUCUCUCGCCUUGACCAGGGUGUUGGCAUGGUUUUGGAGGGACUUGAAGAAUCCGGUCUGAGCGAUGAUACACUUAUACUGUUCGUCAGUGAUAAUGGGCCCCCAUUUAUCAAUUCCAAGACAACUCUUUACGAUGCUGGCGUUUGUCUGCCCAUGAUUAUGAAGUGUCCUGGGUCUGCUGCUGGUGCCGUGAACCCAAACAUGAUAUCCUAUGUUGAUAUCCUACCAACACUUCUUGACUGGGCUCAGUAUCCCAGUCCCGAGAACCCAGCCCGUCUUGGUCGUUCAUUCCUUUCUAUUCUUUCAGAACAGACCCAGCUCGAUGCAUGGGAUCAGGUGUUUGGCUCACACACAUUCCAUGAGGUUACCAAUUAUUGGCCGACUCGUUUCAUGCGCAAUCGUCGGUACAAAUACCAUCGCAACAUUGCCUGGAGGCUUGACUUCCCUUUUGCCGCGGACAUCUAUGGCUCGCUGACGUGGGAGGAGAUCCGAAACACUGAGAGCAGUCCUAAAAUGAUAGGCUCUCGUCUAUUGAAAGAUUAUUUCUUCCGACCUGCUGAAGAGUUAUACGAUAUCCAAGCAGACCCGGAUGAGAUUCAUAAUCUUGCUAAGGAUUCUGAGUAUAGUCAGGUCUUGGAGGAGAUGAGGGCGACCAUGGAGAAAUGGCAAGGGAGAAGUGAAGAUGCCUGGCUUUAUCGUGAUGGUGUCUCGAUGUUACUGGUUAGGCAUCAUAUGAACGCUGGCUUGGAAGUUCCUGAUCGUUGGGACUUUGAUGCAGCCACUCCAGAAAGCAAAAACCAGCCCAAGUUUGCUGCCAAUUUUGCUUGGGGGCAAUAG